AUGUCCGAUCUUGACCAAGACUACUCGGUACACAUCCCUGAUGACAGUUGUGUGGCUCGAACACACUUCGUCAUCUCGGCAAAGCCUUACGAGGAGCUGGGCUACGACGAUGAACCGGUGACACUGUGGCAACCUCAACUGUCGUGUUAUAAGCAAUACUUUUGCAAGUCUCAAACGAAGACCGGAACUCUGGAGCGUCUCAACUCCGAGUCCCGGCAAGAAAGCCUCAACAACAUUGAGCAACUGGUCAAUAGCUGUGCUGCGCAAGCGGUAUACAAGGAAGGAAUCAUUGUAUGGGAUGUGGAACGUGACGAAGGUUCUGGAGAACAAGAAUCCGAUGACUCCAGUAGUAGCCCGGCUGAUGAUGAUUGCAAGGAGGAGGGGAGCGACGCCACUGAUUAG